GUGACGUCGGCUCAUGGACGCUAGACUAUAAAAGUCCCGCGCGAAGAACAGCGAUUAGAACUCAUCACAACGCGAACGGUUCGACCACGAGCGCCUGGUUCCGAACUGGACGCUUGGACGCGCGCUAGCUUAACAUUGCUGCAAAGCGCAUUAACCAGGGGCGCCGGUCUUUAAGCUGCCGUACUCCGUGAAGCUCGAGUGCUAUACGUGCGUAAAACAAUGCCAAGACUACUGUCGGUGAUUUUAACUUGGGUUUCUAUUGUGAGCGUAUGUGCAAGCGCUGAGAGCGCGAGCAGAACCGCGCUACAGAGAGACUACGGCGUGAAACUCUGCGGCAGAGAGUUCAUCAGAGCAGUCAUCUUCACGUGCGGCGGCUCCCGGUGGAAGCGCUCUUUGGAUUUGGAUCUAGUCCACAGCGGGGAAACCGAUCCACUGCGCUCCUACCCAAGCCUCUCAGACAGACGAGCCUUCCCUUUCUCUUCCUCUCUGGGAAAACUGCUCCAGGACGCUGGAGGGGUGCGGGACACGUCCGAGGAAGCUCCGAGGGGGAGGCAGCGCUGGGGUGCUCCACGCACGCUGCUCCCUCCUCGACCACAAGCGGGCGAGCGUGUCACGACUCCAGACCAUAACCAGCCCAGUCCAGACAGAAGGAAGCGCAACUUUUCCCUAGGCUUGGCAGGGAUGUGCUGCACCCAGGGCUGCACCAAAAACGACAUUGGCCGGCUCUGCUGAGCACAUGGGGGCGGGGUCCAGGGACGUUCUACACCUGCCAGACUGAAAGACUGCACCGAUACUGCUGGGUGUCAAACAUAUGUUCCAAAUAGUUCAAUUUGUUUAAAAUAAAAUUGUGUUGUGAAGAAAUAAACAAAUACAUAACUAAUAAAAAUGUUAGUAUUAAAAAUAGCAAGUACCCUGAUGUAAUGCUUGACUUGAAUAAUGGUUGAAUAGUUUACACAUCCUAAUGCAGCUUACUUCACCAAUGAUGUUUACUGUUUUAUUUAUUCCCAGUCUCCCAGUGUCUUGAGGAAAACAUUUCUGGCUCUUAGUCCUGCAGGGCAGGUGUCCCAUAGUCUGACUGAGAGGGCUCACAAUUAUACCAGUACAUACAAAAAAAAAUAAACAAACUAAUUUUCAUGUAAUUACAUGCACACUAAAGACAAUAACUUGCUUAGAAUAACUCCAAAAAGAAGGGAAAAUGAAUUCCCCCAUUCCAAUCAGAGGUAACCACUUUUCCUUUAUUCUGUUUAUUGUUCGUUUUUUAAAAACAAAUGAUUAACAAAUACUUAAAAAAAUGGAAAUACUUAAAAGACUAAAGAUUAAACUUUCCAUGCCCACUCCUGCUGUACAACACACAAAUCACACACAACAGAA